UUGCAAAGGAAAAGGGAUUGGAUUGGAUUGGAUUGCAUUGCAGAGCAGCAUUUUCCACAAGGGAACUUGACUUCAGCUGCCACUGUAGAAAUCUCCUUUGCGAAAUUCCACCCAAAAUACCGUAUUUCCCUUAACUUUUCUUCAAAUUCAUCAUGUUUGAUUUUGUUCUAAUCCUAUACUUUACUCUUUACUUUACUGUUUUUGGAUCUCCCCCAAAUUUAAUUGCGUAUAUUCAUUUAUCUUACUGAUUAUGUGGUUAAUACGUUCCUGAUAUGAUAUAGAUGGAUGGUGUAGCCUUCUCUGUUUUAAGCUUUAGCCAUUCCUUCUUUUUUUUUGUUAUUUUAUUAUGCAGCAUCUUUAGAUUCUUAGAUCUGAUUUUGAAGGUGUCGGUGAUCUGGAAAUGAACAAAAACCUUACUGGAAACUUCUGAUGGAAUCUGUUCUUCAAAAUGUGUUAAACUGUGACUGAAUUCAUCACAUUUUGAUAAAUUUGAAAGUUUUAACUACUUCAAUUCAUGGAGUCCUCAGCUCCCAAGUUGAAACAAAGGCACCGUGCAUUGACUACGUUGAGAGUUAUAAGGGGCGUUCUGUGUUUGAUCAUCCUAAUCUUGACAGCGUUCGUACUGUUAGUGUUUUUUGGCUUUUGGACCGCUGUUCCCUUGAGAUUUUUCAGUUUGCAUCACAGCAGGAAUGGAACUGCAUUCUUUUUCGGGAUAUGGAUUGCUCUUUGGCCAUUCUGGUUCGAGAAAUUGAAUAAGACCAAGGUAGUGUUCUCUGGGGACUUUGUGCCUCCCAAGGAACGGGUGCUUUUGAUUGCUAACCAUAGAACAGAGGUGGAUUGGAUGUAUUUGUGGGAUCUUGCUUUGAGAAAGGGACGUGAAGGGGCGAUUAGGUAUAUUCUUAAGAGCAGCUUGAUGAAAAUGCCAGUGUUUGGAUGGGUAUUCCAUGUCAUGGAGUUUAUUCCCGUGGAGAGGAAAUGGGAGGCUGAUGAGUCAGUGAUGUGCAAGAUGCUGUCGUCUUUUAAAGAUCCUCAAGAUCCUCUCUGGCUCGCUGUAUUUCCAGAGGGCACUGAUUUCACAGAGCAAAAGUGCAUUCGUAGUCAAAUGUAUGCUUCUGAGAAUGGACUUCCGAUUCUGAAAAACGUGUUACUUCCGAAGACAAAGGGCUUUUAUGCAUGUUUGGAAAAGUUGAAGGACUCCUUGGAUGCAGUUUAUGACGUCACCAUAGGCUACCGGCAUAACUGCCCAACGUUCAUGGACAAUGCCUAUGGAAUUGACCCCUCUGAAGUCCACAUCCAUGUUGAGCGUAUCUCUCUAAGCGACAUCCCCUCAUCUGAAGAUGAGGUAUCGUCAUGGCUGAUGAGCAGAUUCAGCCUCAAAGACCAGAUGCUUUCUGAUUUCUAUGAACUGGGAUGUUUCCCUCGUGAAGGUACGGAGGUAGGCCUGUCUACAAUGAAAUGUAUAUUGAACUUCAUUUUUGUUAUGAUUUUGACAGCGACAUGCAUGUAUCUCCUCUUCUUUUCCUCAAUCUGGUUUAAGGUAUAUGUUUAUUUAGUCUGUGCCUACAUGGCUUCAGCUACGUAUUUCGAUAUUCGACCUUCGCCCAUUUUCGUGUAGCAAUUGCAUUAGAUAUUGAGAUAGAAGUAGCGAAUUGUUAAGCAGGAUUGUUUCUGCUUUCUGCAGACUGUUGUACUUGUUGUUUCUUUAUAUAAUCCUUCAUUUAUGGUGUUA